AUGUCAAAGAAUAAAUUAAUUGGUGGAGCCCUUUGGGAACAUUACAGUAAGAAAGUUAAAGACCAUAUGGAUAAUCCACAACACCGUGGUGAAAUUACUGAAGAAGAAGGUAAAGAACAUGGAUGGAAAGUUAUUGUUGCUGAUUGGGGAGCUGAAGCAUGUGGUGAUGCUGUUAGAAUGUACUGGGGAGUUAAUCCAAAAACUAAUAUCGUAGAGAAAGCAACAUUUAAGUCAUUUGGAUGUGGUACUGCUAUUGCUUCUUCUGAUGUUACAGCAGAACUUUGUAUUGGUAAAACUGUUGAUGAGUGUUUGAAAAUCACUAAUUUGGAUGUUGAACGUGCUAUGAGAGAUUCUCCUGACGUACCAGCUGUUCCUCCACAAAAGAUGCAUUGUUCUGUUAUGUCUUAUGAUGUUGUUAAGAAAGCCGCUUCUCUUUAUAAAGGAGUUAAUGUUGAGGAUUUAGAUGAUGAAGAAAUUGUUUGUACUUGUGCACGUGUUAGUUUAAGAUUAAUUAAAGACACUAUCAGACUUAAUGAUUUGAAGACAGUAGAAGAUAUAACACAUUAUACAAAAGCAGGAGCAUUUUGUGGUUCAUGUGUUAGACCUGGAGGACAUGAAGAGAAGAAAUAUUAUCUUGAGGAUAUCUUAAGACAGACUAGAGCUGAAAUGGAAAUUGAAAAGAUGAAAGCUAAUUGCAAUUCAAAUGACUUUGAGAAAUUAACAAUGGUUAAAAAGAUUAGUAAGUUGAAUCAAGUAUUUGAACAAUACAUAGAUCCUAUUGUUAAAAAAGAUGGUGGAAGUGUAGAAGUAUAUGAAGUUAAGGAUGGAGUAAAUGGUGAAAUUAUCGUAUAUAUUCAAUAUAGUGGUAAAUGUGUUGGUUGUGCUGCUGCAAAUGGAGCAACUAAAGAGAAGAUUCAAACGAUUUUAAGAGACACUCUUUCAAAGAAAAUUAUUGUUAUUCCAGUUGACUUACCACAUACUCAUGAUGAUGAUUUGAUCGAACAAUUGGAAAAUGAAACAACCUUAAAUAUCAAAAAGAAAGAUUAG